AUGGCAAGUAUCAUAAGUGGGUUGGUCAAUUUUGGAAUUCCUCUUGUUAAGAAUCUUGUGAAGUCGUUUGCGGGAGCGUUAGGCGAGGAGGAUUCUCUUGAAGGACAAUUUGUACGGUCGCAGGCUCUUGGAUCUUCGAAUAGCCACAGUGCUCUCUACUCGUCACAAGUAGCAAAAUUUUAUAGCACACCAUUCAAAGAUAUUGAUGAGUUCAAUGGAAUCCAAGACGAAGCAGUAAAGCAGUGGAUGAAUGAAAUGACUUCAAAGCAACUUGACUUUGCACUUCCGAUGAUCAAAAACAUGUUCCCAUACACGUUUACUGUCACAAGACAAUACAAAUAUAUGUACUGUCCUGGUGGAACAAAAGAUGUCGAACAAAUGGACAAUAUUCAGUACUUUGGCCCAGAAGAUGUCCCACAGUGCGUCAUAGAUGGGUCAUUCAUCAAAGAUCUUGUCGAAAAGAAGCUUUCAAAACAUGCGUAUUGCUUUGUCCCUAUAAUAACAAUGAAGACGUCACAAGGAAGUGAUCCCUACUCAUUCAC